UUUCCAAUUCUAGCGAUCUCGAGCUGGUUUCUCCUAAAUUACCUACCCCACCUUUAAUGUGCUAGCCCGUUGAAGACCUCAUUCCCUUAAUUUACUGUAUUAUGUGUCAAGUUAGCGCUCGCGGGGGUUGAACCUGCUCGUGAGUAAUGGAUUUAUUUUGAAAUUCUCGUCCGGAUGUCUUGUGUUGUUGACUUCUAACUUUACCUCAGUCUGCUGUCUAACGAUGAAACAACGCGCCCGAGUCCCACCGGACACCAGUGGAUCCUCUUCAGGAAUAGUGAGGAGCAGCCGCCAGGAUGAUCCCCGUGGGUGAAUUCAAAAACUUUGGCGUAGAUCAGAACUCAAAGUAUCGUGUCCUGAAGCCGUGGUGGGAUGUUUUCUCAGAGUACCUGUGCGUUGCUAUGCUUAUGCUUGGAGUCUUUGGGUGCACCUUGCAGCUCACUCAAGACAAGAUUGCAUGCCUGCCCAGCCACUUCACCAGCCCGACGCCUGGAGCCAUAGACUGCAACCACAUCGGGAGCUACAGGGAGAAUGAGACGUCCAUGCAGACGCUCGUCAAACCUACGAAGCCCAUCCUCCAGGAAGUGUCCGGUCGCAAAAACAACCUGGACAUCCACCAGUAUGUGUUUGUCAACCACUACUGCUACGAGAGGUUCGUCCACUGGUACGCAAAGUACUUCCCAUACCUCGUUGUGAUCCACACCAUGAUCUUCAUGGUCGCAAGCAGCUUCUGGUUCAAGUUCCCUGGGACAUCUUCCAAGAUUGACAUCUUUGUUACCAUCCUUGGGAAGUGCUUUGAUUCUCCCUGGACCACGAGAGCCCUGAGUGAGGUUUCUGAGGAAAGAGGAGAGGAGAAACUGGUCAAUUGGAGGAGGAAUACCAUGUCAAAAGAUCCCCCAGAACGACGAGCAGAUGAUGAUGAGGCUGUGGUGCUUCUUCGCUCUGCCUCUGUCAAGUCGAAUCCAGAAAAGAAAAGCAUGGAACCCCAGUCGGCCGCCUCUGUCUUGGAUAAGAAGGAAGGAGAGCAGGCCAAAGCUCUGUUUGAAAAGGUGAAGAAGUUCAGGACUCAUGUAGAGGAAGCAGACAUCUUGUAUGUCAUGUAUGUGCUCCAAACGUCACUUAAAGUCUUCAAGUUUCUAAUAAUCAUCAUCUACACUGCAGUGCUGGUACCGAACAUUGAGAUCGUAGUGCGCUGUUAUGUUCCUCCCGAGCUGACUGGGUUUGAUAUCUUUUGCUGUAACCACAACAAAGCCCAUCUUUUCUCCAAGCUUGCUUACUGCUAUAUCUGCUUUGUGGGCGUGUUUGGACUUCUCUGCAUCUACACGCUGUACUGGCAGUUCCACAGACCUCUGAAGGAGUACUCCUUUGAGCAGGUCCGCCUGGAGACGGGCAUUAACGACAUACCGGACGUGAAGAAUGACUUUGCGUUCCUCCUGCACCUUGUGGACCAAUAUGAUGCUCUUUACUCGAAAAGGUUUGCCGUCUUUCUGUCUGAGGUCAGCGAGAGCCAUCUCUAUCAGUUAAACCUCAACUACGAGUGGACUGCCAAAAAGCUGCGUUCACGCCUCACCAAGAACGCCAAAAACCAGUUGGAGCUCCACCUGUUAAUGUUGCAGGGUCUCCCCGACACCGUCUUUGAGAUUACUGAAGUGGAAUCACUCAAACUGGAGCAGGUAAAAAACGUCACCAUCCCAGCUAGUGUGGCAAAGCUUGAAUCUCUGCGGGAGUUAUCGCUGAUCUUCUGCCCUGCAAAGCUCCAUCUGCCGGCCCUCAACCACCUCAAGGCACAUUUAAAGGUCCUGUGUCUAGAUUUUGAAAGUUUAGACGAGAUUCCUAUGUGGAUGUACACCCUGCAGAGCUUGGAAGAGUUACAUCUGAAUGGUCCUUUAACCAAUGAGUUUUCCAAAAGUGCCUCCCUGGAUUCCCUUCGAGAGCUCAGAGCUCUGAGAGUCCUUUCUCUCCGCUCCAACCUCACUAAGAUCCCUCCCAGCGUAGUGGAUGUUGCAUUACAGCUGCAGCAUUUGUGCAUCCACAACGAAGGUGUCAAGCUCCAAGCCUUUAGCAGCUUGAAGAAGUUAACCAACAUAGUCUCGCUGGAGUUAGUGGGCUGCGAGUUGGAGCGCAUCCCAAGUGCCGUCUUCAGUUUGAACAAUCUGCAGGAGUUGGACCUGAAGGAAAACAAACUUUCCACUGUGGAGGAGAUUUUGAGCUUGCAGCACUGCCGCCGUUUAGUGACACUAAAACUGUGGCACAACAAAAUUGCUUACAUCCCUGAACAUAUCAGUAAGCUGCACACCCUGGAGAUGCUCGACAUCAGCUGGAACAAGCUCCGAAAGCUUCCCUCUCGGCUGUUUUACUGCACCAAACUCAGGCACCUCGAUGUCUCCCACAACCAGCUCACCUCUCUCCCUGCUGAAGUGGGCAUCCUGCAGGGCCUUCAGUUCUUCUCCGCUGCCUUCAACUCUUUGGAGACGCUGCCAGAGGAGCUGUUCUCCUGCAAGAGGCUUAAGACGUUGGCUCUUGGAAACAACUGCCUGUCGUAUCUCAGCUCUAGAGUUUCCAGCCUGGUCCAGCUGGUCCGGCUGGAGAUUAAAGGGAACCGUCUGGAGUCUCUACCUGUGGAGAUAGGGGAGUGUCCCCUGCUAAGUCUCAGUGGACUGAUUGCGGAGGACAACCUGCUGGAUCUGAUGCCUUCAGAUGUGCGGAGCAGGUUGACUUCUUCUAGCUGAGUGUGUGGCUAAAGGCUCCCAUGGACUUUUCUUUUCUCAGUGUAGCAUAUUGGUCAGAAAAGGGACCAUGCCACUGGAUGGUGGAAUUUCUCAAAUAAAAAAGCAUGAAAAGGGAAACCAAAACUAUAACUGACUACUAAAGGAUACCCAAACACUGGAAACCGUAUUUAUAAUAACUGUUAUCAUGCAAUGUGUGUUCAAAUUUGUGAUAAUGAGUGAAAAAUCAUUUUGAACGUUUUUCUAUGCAUUUUCUUAAAAACUACCUUUUUUAAAUAAAUAUUUUACAAAGUGUAUGUGUCCUGUUAAUACCUUACUUACUUGGAUUGUUCAUUAACUUGUUUUAUUAGUGCAUACACAGUAAUAUUAACAGACAUGUUUUAAAUUCAAGGGCAGAUUGAUAAUACUGUGGACAAGAAAAGUAUUCAACAGCGAGCAUGGCUUGACCUUCAAAUUGUUCUAGCGUCUCCCCCCUUUACUGAAUAUUGUGUAGGUUCUUUAGAGCAAAACUCAAGGGAUAUCUAACCGUGCUGUAUCCUGUUGGACGGGUUUUACAGCCUGGACAACAGUGCGGUCUCAUGUUGCUCCCUGUUAGGCAGAAGGAGAAAAGGCCUUUCACUAGCAGAAUAAAAGGUUUUCAUCUCGCUGUUUAUAUGCUCACUGAAAUGGUACAUGGGAUUAUGAAUCAGAAGUCUGCAUGAUAUUUAUUGUGCAUAAAAUCAUAUAAUAAUUAACAAAGAGGAGAUAAAAGCACUGUCUUUAAAAUGCAUUAAUAUAUUGUCUUUGGUUAUGGGUUGAACAAAUAUAAAUUAUUCCUCAUUCUUCACUCUUUAUUCGUUACUUCCUUUUUUUGCCCAAUUAAGCGUUUAAAGUCAAUCAUUGGGAACUAUUUCUUGUUUAUUUGAUUGAAUAUUUUGCACAUCGUACUGUGGGGCAAACACAUAGAAAAACAUACUGAAACAGGAAAUGUUAUGCACUUAAAGUUGCUCACAUCUAUAGUUGCUAAUUUGUAGUUUGAGGAAGUAUUACACAGUAGUUGUUUACAUUUGUAUAUGAUUUAUAUUUUGUUUGGUAAUGUCUUUGUCCAGGUGCUCUCAAACAAACAAGGGCACAAUUCCUUCCGUCCCACAUUCUUUCUUUCUUUAUCUCUGUGUACUUCAGUCAAGACUUUCCAGCCUGAACAUUAGUGCAUGUCCUGGCUUGCAUCGCUACAAAAUGGGAUCAUGUCAGUCAGUUCACAAAAGUAUAAAUGGAGCACACACUGACCUUCCCACACUGCAACCCAAUUCCCAAGGUCUUGAGAAAGAAUUACGUUUUUCUUUAUUUACAAAGGAGGUGACAUUGUCAUAAUUCUUUGUCAAUCAUUUACCUAUUUCUAUUCCUCUCUAAAGGGGGCAGUAAAGUGAUUCACCAGCAUUACAGUUGUUUUCAAUUGCUAAAAAAAAAACAACAGGGCUCAUUUUGUCAAAACACUAAACACAAUUCACAAAACCACACUCCCAAAGUGCAAAACACCUCGUAUAUCUUGCAAAAUUAAGCAAUGCACCCAAAACUACAUAAACACUUAGCAAAACCAAACUUUUGCACCAAAUGGCACACACUUAUCUUAUAGUACAAGACACUUUGCCCAACCAACUACACACUGUGGUGCUUUAUCUAAAGCACACUCAUCUUUUAUGGCGUUCUGUAUGUAGAGAAUUCUGCAUAUAAAGAUUGUUCAAGUUUACAAAAAUAUGUGCAGAAACACAAAUAUACUGUUAUACUUUUAUCUUUCUCCAAAAUAAAUGUGCACAUUCAUGCACAACACAUAGUUACAGUUGUGUAAACACAAAUGAUGCCUCUGUCAAAUACAGUAAAUGGAAAGGAACACUUUGAGGAAAAAUAAAUACAAAACAUAUUUUUACAAAAAACAGAGGUAAGAAAAGAGCUUAGUCUGCAUUUUUACCACUUAUCAUCCUGCAGAAGAAGCAUCACCUAUAGGCCUGACGGUCAUACAGCUUCAUCCGUUAUGCUGCAAAUAACUCUUCAUCUGACUUCAGUUCAUCCUCCCUCUACCUCUUCCUCUUGCUAUGUUCAUAAAUCCAUUGUUGUUGUGAAAAGUUCUUACAAGUAGCUUUUUUCUAGUGCUUACAUCCUGAUUGCUGAGUCACCAAUAAAGCAGUUUGGUGUUUAUGGUCAUUUGGCAUGUGUAUUUGUUUAUUGGUUCAUGUGUGUAGCAUUUGUAAUGGCAGUGUUUUGGCAAACAAGUGAAUAUGUGUGAUCUCUGUGUCUUACUUAGAGAACCGUGUGCAGUGUUUUGCAAAACGUGCCAAGUUGAAUUGCAAAUGGGGUGCAGAGCUGAAAAUGUGUUUAGAGUUUUGGAGAUUUGACCUGAGGUUUUGCUCUUUGAGUGUGAGUUUAAAUAAUGAUGCUUUAUGUGAGAUUUGUGUGUGUUAGCAACUGAAAAAAACUGUAAAUAAAACUAAUGAGAUUGCAUCAUU